AUGGACUAUCUGAGGACUCUGGGCUCAGCAGCAGUCUCGACGCUCGUCCAGAAAUCGGGACUCAACCUACCCUUCUCACUCGGGCCGAAGGUUGUCUCUUUUGAAGGAAGAACAAUCUGGUCUCUAUACGACGGCACAAAACGGGACGACAGCUCUCUAGUAUCCAUAUUUGAAUUUGAAGCCAACACGCCGGCGAAAAAGAACCUACUUCCCCUCGCUAAGAAUGCACUUCGGAAGCUGCGUACGGUACGCCAUCCUGACGUACUCAAGUUCAUGGAAGUGGUCGAGACAGACACCACAAUACACAUCAUGACGGAGCGUGUCCGACCACUGGGACCUGCUAUCACGGAGUGGCAGUCGAAGAGUGCGCAGGAACGGGAAUCGUGGCUGGUCUGGGGUCUUCAUCGGAUUUCGAUCGCGCUUUCCUUCCUGAACGAAUCCGCGGCGUCCACUCAUGGAAAUAUUCGGGUGGACUCUGUCUUCAUCUCGGCCUCGGGAGAGUGGAAGCUCGGAGGAUUGGAUGUUCUGAGCAACCCCAAAGAUGAUGCUGCAGUCCUCUAUAACCUGGGCAGCAUGCUCCCCGACGCAUCGAAGUACUCCUCGCCGGAGGUGAAGAAAGGCGGUUUCUCGUCUCUCAAGGACCUCCCGGUGUUUGCCGCAGAUUCGUAUGGUUUUGGCCUCCUCAUACACUUCGCUUUCAAUCCCAACCAAACCCUGCCCGCGACGGCUCAACCUCCUCAUUCUCCACCCACCGCUGCAUCCCGAGGAGCCAUCCCGACAUCCAUAUUCCCUUCGUACAAGAAACUGCUCAAUCCAAACCCCAAGUCGCGGCUUUCGGCCGCGCAUUUCCUCGAGCUAGGCAUGUCCCAGACUGCCGGCGAAGGAUCCGGGUUUUUCGCCUCGAAUCAUCUUGUUAAGGUCUGCGCUGGUCUCGAGAACUUUAACCUCGCGAGCGACUCGGAGAAGGGAGUUCUGUUGAAGUCCCUCAAGGAGUCCGCCUCCUCCUUCCCCACUGAGUUCGCCUCAUUCAAAGUUCUUCCUGCGCUCAUAUCCGCGCUAGAGUUUGGGGGAGCGUCAGCGGCAUCCAUUGUCCCACUUGUGCUACAGUUUGGGAAGAACGUGACGCCCGAGGACUAUCCCACCGUGAUCCUUACCCAUUUGAUCAAGCUGUAUGCGAGCCCGGAUCGCGGGACUCGCAUGGCACUACUUGAACAUCUCUCUGAAUACGCCGACAAACUUGACAAGAAGUCUGUCUCCGAUAAGAUCUGGCCGAACCUUCAAACAGGAUUUUCAGACACUGUGGCCGUUAUUCGCGAAGCCACAAUUAAAUCCAUCAUCUUACUCUCGGAUAAGCUCACCGACCGAAUCAUGAACAACGAUCUUCUCCGGCAUCUUGCAAGAAUGCAAGCAGACCCAGAAGCGUCAAUACGUACGAACACUUGCAUAUUGAUUGGCCGACUAGGACCUUCGCUCGGCUACAACACGAAAAAGAAAGUGCUGGUCCCGGCCUUCUCGCGCGCACUCAAAGACCCUUUCGUGCAUGCUCGGGUUGCCGGUCUCAUGGCGUUCAUGGCCACUAUGGACUGCUUUGAUGUGGAGGAUCUGUCGUCGAAAGUCAUACCGAGCAUGACUUUCACCUUGAUUGACAGGGAGAAGCUUGUUCGUGAUCAAGCAUUCAAAGCGAUGGAGCUCUUCAUGAAGAAAUUAGAAGAACACGCUGCAACGAUGCCGGAGACGGUAGACACCACCUCGGAGAUGCCCCAGGUUCAGAUCAACGGUACCACGUCCGCUGAACUCGUGAACAGUGCGGCCGGGGCGGCCGGGGCUCUUGCAGGUUGGGCGAUAACCUCACUAGGCAAGAGACUUGCAACGACAGAGCUACAAAGCACGAUGACGACUGCGUCUGGUGGAGGCAUCGACCGUCCAACAUCUGCCCCCAUUUCUGGAGGAUUGAACAUUGGCGAGCUCUCUACUGGCUCUACGGCGGCGGCGACAGCGAUGCCACUUACGCCGACGUUCUCGUCAAACGUCGGACCCACUGGUGCGCUCACGUCCACAAGCAGGAGCAAGGGCAUGCAGCUUGGGGCAUCCAAGGUUCCAACCAGCACGUCAGGCAUCCCCGACUGGGCUGAAGAAGCUGCUGCUGAGGUCGGUCCAAGUACCUCGAACCCAUGGGGCAAUGACGACCUGAUGGAUGUCAAUGCCGAUGCCGAUGACUGGAGCGCCUUCGAGACGGCUCCUCCUCCGGCAUCCACUUCCGGACCGACAGACUUCGGGCUGGGUGACACACUCUCCCAGUCCCCCUCACCCGACCCAUGGGCCUCGUCAGCACCACUCCAGAAGACUCAAGUAUCAAUCAGCGCACCGCAACCGCAGCGGUACUCAUCAGUCCCUCGCGUUUCGUCACCGUUGUCACCUCCCAGACCCACAUCGACCGCGCGUUCACCGACGCCAUCCGAUAGCGCCGAUGUCAGUACAUCUCCAGCCACGAACAGUACGGCAGGCAUGUCGAAGGAAGAAAAGGCGGCAGAAAUGGCCAGGAGAAAGGAGGAGAGGAGACAGCGCAUUGCCGCGCUCAAGGAGCAAAAGAAGCAGGCGACAUCCUAG